AUGGAGGCUAUCAAGAAGAAGAUGCUGGCCAUGAAGUUGGACAAGGAGAAUGCCGUUGAUCUGGCCGAUCAACUGGAGGAACAGCUGAAGGAAAAAGAGACAGAGAUGAUGAAGAAAGAUGAGGAGAUCGGAGAAAUCAGCAAGCGAUUGACUGCCCUCGAGGCAGAAAAGGAGUCAUCUGAAGCCCAGCUUGCCGAAACCAACCAGAAAUUGGAGGAUACGGAGAAGAGAGCCACUGAAGUAAGUCCAAUUUCUGUGCCCCAUAUAGCUGCCAUAAACGUGUUGAAUGUGUUGACAGAAAAGGAUAUGAAGUAA